CCCAGAACCUGACGACGUGCGAGGUGUGCGGCGCCUGCUUCGAAACCCGCAAAGGGCUCUCCAGCCACGCGCGCUCCCACCUGCGGCAGCUCGGCGUGGCCGAGUCGGAGAGCAGCGGGGCCCCCAUCGAUUUGCUCUACGAACUGAUGAAGCAGAAGGGCAAACCCGAUGGGCACCCCAUGGUUUCUCCCACCCUCGGCAAAAAAUCUGCCUCUCCCAAGGACGGCAUCGCCGGUUCCCCGCGUCCCGCGCUGCUGGCGCUCGGCAAAGGCGGUGAGCGCUCGCUGGAUGGCCCCAUCAACAAAGCCAUCAAAUCCCCGCCGGGAUUCUCCAAGAGCCUCUCGCAGCCUGGAUCCCCCAUCCUCAAGAAGGUGCCCCCCGUGCUCUCUGGGUCCCCCUCUCCAAAAAACCCUGAGGAGAAGAGCUCGAAGCUGUCGCUCAGCCCUCUGCAGAGCUCCCCAAAGGCGCAGUGGCCACAGGCAGAUGAGGAAGGACCUCUCAAUUUGACCGCUGGGGGGGAGCCGGUGCGGGACAUCCGCUGUGAGUUCUGCGGGGAGUUCUUUGAGAACCGCAAGGGUCUGUCGAGCCACGCACGCUCCCACCUGCGCCAGAUGGGGGUGACGGAGUGGUACGUCAACGGCUCCCCCAUCGACACGCUGCGCGAGAUCCUCAAGCGCCGAACUCACCCUCGGAGCGGAGCUUCCAACCCCAUGGGCCCCGGGCACAAAGCCAUGGCCAAGACCCUCCUGGCGGCCAUGGGACCCCUGGAGCCGCGGGGUCCCGGCGAGCUCCACAUCCCGACUCUGCCCAAGAAGAAGAAGCUCAAACACGACCAGAUGAGAGUGGAGAUCAAGCGUGAGAUGAUGACGGGGGGUCUCCACGGGGAGCCCCAUCCCUCCGACCAGGCUUGGCCGCCGCUGGAGGAGAUGUCACCCUUGAACCUCUCCUCCCGAGCCGACCCGGUGCGGGACAUCCGCUGUGAGUUCUGCGGGGAGUUCUUUGAGAACCGCAAGGGUCUGUCGAGCCACGCGCGCUCCCACCUGCGCCAGAUGGGGGUGACGGAGUGGUCGGUGAACGGCUCCCCCAUCGACACGCUGCGCGAGAUCCUCAAGAAGAAAUCGAAGCCCUGCGUCAUCAAGAAGGAGCCCCACACCUCCAUCAUCGAAACCCCCAAAGGCUUUGGGGAAGAGGGGAUGGACCCCAAGCCCUCUGGAAAAGUGCUGCAGGCCAUGGCCCUGCCUCCACUGGGCGGGAGGACGGGGAAACCCGGCGGCUCCAGCAUCGGCCGCGAGCUCUCGCUGUCGCCGCUCACCGCCAAGCCCCACGGCGCCUUCCUGACACCGCUGGCCACCAAACGGCCGCUGCAGGACGACCGCCUGGGUCCCCACCCUGAGGUGAAGCACAAGGCCUACAUCCAGACCGAGCUGCCCUUCAAAACCAAGUCCGUGCACGACAAGCCCACGCACACAUCCACCGAAGCGUGCUGCGAGCUCUGCGGCCUCUACUUCGAGAACCGCAAGGCUCUGGCCAGCCACGCGCGGGCGCACCUGCGGCAGUUCGGCGUCACCGAGUGGUGCGUCAACGGCUCGCCCAUUGAGACGCUCAGCGAAUGGAUCCGGCACCGGCCGCAGAAAGCCGGCGCGUAUCGCAGCUACAUCCAGGGCGGCCGACCCUUCACUAAGAAAUUCCGGAAUUCGUCGCACGCCCGAGAUCAUGACGGAGCGCGGAGGGUGCCGCUGAGCCUGCAGCACGGCGGCAUGGCGCUGCUGAGCAAAGGGCUGGCGGCGGAGCUGGCGCACGGAGAGCCCUGCAAGAUCCUGGACGGCACCGGGGAGCGGCCCGUGGUCACCUCGCCGCUCUCGCUGGUGAAGAUGGAAGAGCAUCAGCGCUCGAAUUUCCACAAGUUUGAGCGGAGGCAGGCAAGGCCCCUGGACCCCUCCCUGCACCGGGAGGAGGAGGGGGCCGACUUCCAGCAGAAGAUGGAGGAGACCCGCCAGCCCCCACCCAGGAUGAGGCCGGUGCCCUCGCUGGUCCCCCGCCCGCCGCAGACCUCCCUGGUGAAGUUUGUGGGUAACAUCUACACCCUCAAGUGCAGGUUCUGUGAGGUGGAGUUCCAGGGCCCCCUCUCCAUCCAGGAGGAGUGGGUGCGACACCUCCAGCGACACAUCCUGGAAAUGAAUUUCUCCAAAGCAGACCCCCUGCGGGGGGACGCCCCGGCCCCCGAGCCCCCCGCCGUGGCCGAGGCUCAGUAACGGAGCCCCCCAACCCAGGGCAACGGAGCUGAACCGGGGCACCCUCCGCCCCCCAUCCCGUGCCUGCGCCUCCCCCACGGAGCAACCUCAGCCCACCCCCCCCCCCCCACUACCCCAACGCCGGGCUGGAUGGGGGGCACC